CGAUGAAAGCAAAAGGCAGAGACUAGAGAGCUUCGUGACUCCUAAUACUACUCCCAAUUUUUAGUCCUCCGUCUGCAUCGGCCAUCCUUCCCAUAAAGGUACCUUCGUUUCUCUUUCAAGCUUAUAUACAAGUAUAUUACUAGGCCAUCCCCCUCUCGCUGUCUCUCUCUCUCUCUCUCUCUCUCUCUCUCAAGCUGAAUUGCAACGGAUUUUUCAAGUCUCUCUCAGAAAUUGAACUCAAGAAAAAGCAUCUCCUAUGUCUACUUUGGGGAAUUCUACAAAUAUAUUUUGGCACGAAUGCCCAGUUGGGAAUUCUGAGAGGCAGAAACUACUUAACCAGAAGGGAUGUGUUGUAUGGAUAACGGGCCUUAGUGGAUCAGGUAAAAGCACACUGGCAUGCUCACUAAGCAGGGAACUACACUCUAGGGGGAAGCUGUCCUAUGUUCUUGAUGGAGAUAACCUUCGUCAUGGGCUGAACAAAGGUCUGGGUUUCAGUGCUGAAGAUCGAACUGAAAAUAUCCGCAGGGUUGGUGAAGUAGCAAAACUCUUUGCAGAUGCCGGUUUGAUAUGCAUUGCUAGUCUGAUAUCACCAUACAGAAAAGAUCGGGAUGCUUGCCGUGCAAUGUUGACUGAUGCAAAUUUUAUUGAGGUUUUCAUGAACAUGCCUCUGUCAUUGUGUGAGUUGAGAGAUCCUAAAGGCCUUUACAAGCUUGCACGUGCCGGAAAGAUUAAAGGUUUUACUGGCAUAGAUGAUCCUUAUGAACCACCUUUGAAUUGCGAGAUAGAAAUACAAGAGAAAGAUGGAGUUUGCCCCUCACCAUCUACCAUGGCUGGACAAGUAGUAUCCUACUUGGAAGACAAAGGAUUUCUGCAUCAGUGAUCAACUCCACUAACUUUGCAUCAUCAUUGUCAUAAACUCGUCGAACAAAUAAUUUAUCAAGUGUUCAUGUUCUAUUCAUUUUAAACUGCCUGGCUAAGGGUGCUAGCAAGUUCUAACUACAUCACGUGGGAUGUGUUUGGAACGGAUGAUAUAUAUUUCAAAUAGUACAUUUUGGUUGUUUUUCUAGACUGAUAGGGCACCAUUGAUACCGUUGAAUCAUGGAGACUUCUCUUAUCUGGGUUCAUUCCGAACAACCCAUUAUUCUGAUCAAAAUUUUCAUCUUAGAUAUUUACUCGUCCAAAUGGAUAUCAAUUGUAUUCAUCACAUUGAUUAUGAAUAUAAGUUAUACUUAAAUAUUGAAUAUAA